GUGCAGUCGAGUUGGCUCGCGAAGGCUCACCGGCCAGUGUUAUGCAAACUUUUCGACGCCGGCUACUCCAUCCCACGCUUCAGCUAUUCGGUCACGGCGGAGCUGCCAUCGAAGCUCUAUCUGGGCUCGCUCACGAAGCCGACCAAUUGGGUCAUCCACGCUGCGCUUGCUGAUGUGGCCGCGCAGUGGCUCAUGACCCAUCCAGUGAUCCAGCAGUGGUGCGGGUGUUUCUUUUCAGGUUCCAUGGCGAGUUUGCAUUUCCAGUGGCGGAUU